GAACCAAAACUACAUUGGCCAUAUUCCAAACCAUAGAGGGGCUAAAGCAGUUAGUAAUAAUGGCUAUUAUCCUUCAGAAUUCAAUCCUUGUCUCUGUUCUUGCACUUGUCUUUUUGUUCAACUCCUGCUACUGUUUCAAACACAAGUCUUUCAAUGUUUCAAGGACUCAGUCCGGCGAUUCUGGUUGGGCACCGGCUGGUGCAACUUGGUAUGGCAGUCCCACUGGUGCUGGAAGUGAUGGUGGAGCUUGUGGGUAUCAAAAUGCAGUAGAUCAACCUCCAUUCUCUUCAAUGAUAGCAGCAGGAGGUCCUUCUCUAUACAAGUCAGGUAAAGGAUGUGGAGCCUGUUAUCAGGUGAAAUGCACGUCACAUUCUGCAUGCUCAGGGAAACCAGCGACAGUAGUUAUAACAGAUGAGUGCCCAGGAGGACCCUGUACAGCAGAAUCAGUUCAUUUUGAUCUGAGUGGUACUGCUUUUGGAGCUAUGGCCAUUUCUGGCGGUGCUGAUCAACUGCGUAACGCCGGAGUCUUGCAGAUUCGAUAUAGAAGAGUUCAGUGCAAUUAUCCAGGGAGAAGUGUGGUCUUCCACGUGGACUCUGGGUCAAACCCCUACUAUUUUGCAACCCUAGUUGAGUACGAAGAUGGAGAUGGUGAGCUUCGUUCGGUGGAGCUAAAACAGGCUUUGGACAAAGAAGACUCAUGGGCUCCCAUGCAACAAUCAUGGGGUGCGGUUUGGCGACUUAACUCAGGCUCAGUUCUACGUGGUCCAUUGUCUCUCAGGCUAACCUCGCUCGAGUCCGGCAAGACCAUUGUAGCAAGUGGUGUAAUUCCUGCCGAUUGGCAGCCUGGAAAGACUUACCGAUCAGUUGUCAAUUUCUAAUGUAACUCGAUAUACUGCAUUUGUUAGCUUGUAUGAAUGUAGCUGUUGCCUGCUCGUUGAUGUUUAAUUUCCAUGGAGCAGACUUUGUUAAGAUUAGAGUCCACAUGGAAUUCUAAAAGCAUCUGUAUGCAUAUGAAUGGAUAUCCUACUAUAUACUAUAAAAUAUUUCUUGCCAAAAUCUGCAAUUCUCUUUUAA